AUGGCUUACUUCUCCCCAUUUGCACCAAAACCAGAGACUGGCAACGGUUCUCAGGGUACUGUUACUGUCAGAAUUACAGUUGUCAGAGCAUCAAAAUUGAAAGCUAAGGAUCUCUUCACAAGUGAUCCUUAUACAAUCGUCUCACUUGCUGGACAACAACAAAGAACUAAAUUUAUUCUGAAAAACUGCAACCCAACGUGGAAUGAAACUUUUGAAUUCCAUAAUGUUGUUCUUGGGUCGAUGGCUGUUUUUGAAGUGUAUGAUCACGACGACAAAACAAAAGAUGACAAGAUCGGGACAGCUGACUUAGUCAUCCAAAAGACUCCAAAUGGUCAAAUGACUUCUGCCGAACUUAAUUUGAAUACUAAAGGUUCUAUUAGUAUAUCUUACCAAACUAUUGAAGCUCAAAAGGCUGCCCCAAAGCCACAAGGUCAACAACCUUAUCCUCCUCAACAAGGACAAUGCCCACCACAACAGGGUGGCCAGUAUGGGUAUCCCCCACAACAAGGUUAUCCUCCUCAAGGUCAACCAUCUUAUCCCCCACAACAACAGGGUCAAUACCCUGGGUAUCCUCCUCAACAAGGAAGUCAACCACAAGGACAACAAGGUUAUCCACCACAACAGGGGUACCCACCACAAGGUCAACCAGGUUACCCUCCUCAACAAUACCCGGGAUAUCCUCCUCAACAAGGAUAUGGCUAUCCUCCUCAAGGCCAAUAUGGGUACCCACCUCAACAAGGCGCACAACAACCUCAAGGCCAAGCUAAACCAGCACAACCUACUCAACCACAACAAGGCCAACAACAGGGAUAUCCUCCUCAGGGUCAAUACGGUUACCCACCACAAGGCCAACAAGCUUAUCUCCCUCAACAGCAAGGUCAAUACCCAGGGUAUCCUCCUCAACAAGCAUACCCACCUCAAGGGUAUCCACCACAACAAGGAUAUCCUGGUUACCCUCCUCAAGGUCAGUACGGUUACCCACCUCAGGCACAACAGCAGCCACCUAAGAAGUAA